UCGGUAUUGCAGUUAAAAAGCUUUUCUAGAGAGAGAGAACCCUAGAGAGAGAAGAAGACCAAGUAGCCUCCCCUAUUUGACCACUCCCUUUCGCGAAUACAUUUCCGAACUCACACAAUAUUUUGCAGUCAAUUCUUCCCUGCGUUUCUCAAUUCCGCUCUCUCGCCUCUUUCCACUCACCUUCUCUCUCAUCCCCCCUUUUCUCCCUCUCGGAAUCACAAUUCACAACGCACACACACGCACACUGAGAGCAGAGCGAGUCCACCGGCGAUGGGAUUCUCCAAGGAUGAAAAAACGUACGGCAAGGCGGCGCUCGCGGUUCCGAGAUGGAUCAAAACCCUAUUCUUCCUGAUCACGAUGCUGCUGUCUCUGCUCCUAUUCUCCGCCCCGGUUCUCCUCGUCGUCGCCGACGCGCUCCUCCCCUCCGCCUUCCUGUCCGCCGCCAUGUCGCCGUCGUCCCUCAACCUCCAGACGCUAUCCUCCCACCUCAGCAACUACGACUUCCGCUACUCGCUCAUCGAUAUCCCCCUCGUCUCCAUCGUCCGCUCCGCCGUCAUACUAUGUGUUUACAGCUUCUGCGACGGUCCGAGGCUGUCGAGAGGCCCGUACCUGGCGAUCGCCACCGUGUGCUCGGCGGCGUCGCUGGUGUACGUGUCGCUGAAGGCGUCGUACGUGUUCAUGAUCAGCGGGCGGAGCGCCGGAGCUAUGGAGAUGGCGCUGUUCGUAUCGUCGUGGGUGUUGGCCAUUGGGCACGUCGUGGUGGCCUACAGGACUAGCUGUAGAGAGAGAAGAAAGCUUCUCGUUUACAAGAUCGAUAUUGAGGCUGUAAGUCAAUUCCCUCACCUAAACCUAUACUUUUCCACUAGGGGCUUUCUCGUCAUUCCACCACCUGCAUUUUUUUAUCUCUUUUCUGAAUUUGAGAGUGCAAUCUGUGUGUUUUCUAGACUAGCAAACACACAGUAAGAACAACUCAGAUGCUCCUAUCACGUGUCUGUGAAUAUGAUCAUGGUAAUGGACAAACUAACGUUUCAUAUUUCUGCAAGGCUAAUCGAUAACAUGCAAAAAAUCUAUUAGAUUUUAUUCGUUGCGAACAUUUGGCCGUUUUUGAUUUUGCACUUGAAUUUAGAAUUUGUUUCAAAAUACAUCAACUUUCUAGUUUUGUUUUGGUUUUCAUGUAUAAUGUGCAAAAUCAAGAAUGGCCUUAAGUUUAAAUAUUUUGAGGCAAUUAACCCUUGAUAAAACAUGAGAUUGAAAAUGUAAAAGAACAAAGCCGGAUAUGAGGUACAGAGCUAGCACAUGAUUGUGCAAGUAGUUGUGGGGAAAGAAAAAAUAGACAUGAUUGUGCAAGUGGUUGGGGGGAAGAAAGAAAUGGAAAAGAAAAAAAAGGGAAAAAAUAAAGAAGCAUUGCGAUAAGCAGUGUAUAGAGGCCCCUACAGUAGCUGAGAUAGAAAUAUGAAUGCCCCAUUUUAGAACCUACCUAUUUGUCACACGGAACCUAAAAAAGGGAAGAAGGAAUGCUGCAGGACAAGCUUUAUUUGUUUAUUUUUCAGUGAUGUCAGCUGGGAAAAUUUUGGAUGGAGAAAUCUUGCCCUUUAUUUACAAUUAUUCCCACUAUUUUAUCUGAGUGCUUUGUUGCUUACUAGAAAUGUAACUUUGUUUGGGGCCUCCAAUUUUUGCUGAGUGAUUUCAAAAAGUAAAAGGCCAAAGAGAGUGGAAUAUUUUAUACUAUAUGGUUCUUGGAAUUUAGUGUGGUUAGUGUGGUUCAUAAUUUCAUCCAAAACUAGAGCAAGAAAUUGAAGGUUAUGACUUAUUUGCAGGUUUCAGCGUGCAAGAAUGGGUUUCCAAGAUAUCAGAAAAUACUGCAAGAAGCAAGAACGAAGUGAAGAGAAAUUAAUCCAUACGCUUUGAUACCGACCAUCUCUUCCCGCUUCAGGUAAAUACUAACAACAAGUUUUGAUUAUCAAAUACAUCUUCUCUUUGUUUCUGAGGUUGGUUUAAUUAACUGAUUGCGCCUUUUCUCGAACAGGUUCAUCCGAAGGAGAACCGUAGCCUCGCGGAAGCUAUAGAGUAGAGUAUAUAUACGACAUUUUUGUAUAGCGCAUAUGCAUACGUGUAUAGUGUGUAGCGUAUACGCAUGAAUGUAAAGUGUGGUGAGUGAACAUAGGGAGUGUUCUUCACAUGUAAAUACAUAGAAAUUAUGUGGUUUCCUGGAACAGCUGCAGGUGUUUCUCAUGUAAUUUAUUGUGAGAUUGUGCUUGCUGCAGCAGAGUUCAUUUAUGCAAGAAUGUGAAAUUUAUUUAGAAAGAAAUUUGCUCCAAAA